UAACAACCUAAAAUAGAGUAAUACAAUCUUUUAUUAUUUUCGUACUUUCGCAGCACCGUCACCAUGUUUGUGUUUUUCUACUAAUCUUAUCUACUUAUCUUCUAUUUUGACUAGUGAAAAUGGCCUUUGAUUUUAAAUUAAUUCCCUUAAAUAUUAUAUGAUCGGUAUGGCUUGGAAGUAAAUGUAUAACAAAUACGUAUUAAAACAGAGCAAGUUUCUAAUAUACAAAUUUAGUCAAUUUCAAGAAUGGACUUACUUCAAAAGUAUUCCACGCAAGAUAAUGUCGCUUUCGAAAUCGAGACUGCCGUUUCUAUUGAUCCUGAUUUAUCUGCGUGAAACUAUCAACUCUCCUAUUAACGACAAACAGGCGGCGCAGAAAGUCGUUGUAGUCCCAACAAACUAUUCACAGAACAAUUUACAGACCAGCAACCAACAAGCGCAUUCCAUCGUACAUUCACAGUCAGUUCAAAUUAACGACAAAAAUACAGCACAGAAAGUCGUAGUCCCAACAAACUAUUCACCGAACAAUUUGCAGACCAGCAACCAACAAGCGCAUUCCAUCGUACAUCCACAGUUAGUUCAAAUUAACGACAAUCAUACAGCAGAGAAAGUCAUUGCUGUCCCAAUAAACUAUUCACCGAACAAUUUUCAGACUAGCAACCAACAAGCGCAUUCCAUCGUACAUCCACAGUCAGUUCAAAUUAACGACAAACAUACAGCACAGAAAGUCGUUGUCGUCCCAACAAACUAUUCACCGAACAGUUUGCAGAUCAGCACCCAACAAGCGCAUUCCAUCGUACACCCACAGGCGGUUGUUUUAAUAGACAAAGUUCCAGCCAACACAAGGAAACAGAAAAACCACAACAUCCUACCUGUAACUCAUCAACUUUUACUACCAGCUCAGCUGCAUGUUAUACCAAUCCAUUCAAACUACCACCACGAACAUGCUGCACAUGUUAUAAGGAAUGAAAAUAUUAAUUUACCUGUCUUUUCCCAUUCGAUCUCACAUACUAAUAACGGCACGCACCAUUCACCACUAUACUUGAUUCCAAUUCAUCAUACGCAUUUGGUGCCACUUCACGAUUUGACUGUAAUCCCUUUGCAAAGAGAGAUUCAUACUGUAGACACGAAAUUAGCUCAUUACAGAGCGGCAAUGGAUAGGAAAGGGAGUGAAAACGAAGAGCCUGUUAACAGAUUCAGAUCGUUUUAUGGUGGAUAUGGAAACGGACUAUACUUCGGGGGUCAUGGUGCUGGUCACGGAUUUUACACGUACGGUUGAAAUGUAUUCGUGUAAAUCAUUGAUAACUUUAGUAUUACAAUAUUGAUACAUACAUAAUUAAUUUUGUUAUUAAAAUAAAUUUAAAUUAUUUUGAUACAGUGAAAGUCUCAAAAGUCUACAGAAAAGCACUACAGCUAAUGCAUUUUGUAAGAACUUAUAAAUGAUACAUAAAAUAUUAGAUGUUUCACCCAAUGCCUAUUUUAGAACCCUGCCGUGCUAUUUUGUAAGAACAAACUCACUUUUCACCGCGCUAUCCGCGGUGGUAUUUGAAAUUUGUAUUCUAAUUUCAAAUCACACGCGGAUUUAAAAUGAAGAGCUGGCAAACAAAACGGUAUAAUUACGCAUCUGGUCAAACUACAUACUUUUUGACGUGACAACGUCGUAUAAUUCGAUGGAGCCGGCUGCACACACGAAAAUACAUGAUUCUUGCGGCGUUACCUCGCUCUGAGGCGUUCCAUUUAAGACUUGAAGUGCAAGCAAGAGCGCGCAACGAGUGACAAAGAGACACAAUCGGCCAUCGCGUUCGGCAGCGUUCGACAUCUGUCUCUCUCCUACUUGAGUGAGCGAUGCGUCCGCGUAGAGAGCUGCUAUACAAUAAUACAUUUACAUGUUUUCGUCAAGUAUGAAGUGCAGUGAAAAGUGAAUGUGGUGUCAAUCGUUUAUAACAACGAUAAUUGCGGUGAUAAAGAAGUGGCAAGUUCAAUCAACUAGGCGUUUACUGUUAUCUCUGAGUUAUAUUGAGUUGAUCAAUUACCACACCACACACAUAGCUUGUUCGUUUUAUUGAACAAGAUAUUAUUAAAAUUGUGCUGCAAGUACUAGUAUUUUCAGUUAGUGCCAGUGUGAGAACGUCGUGUGUGAUUAUAAAAUUUUAUAUUCUUCUUGUUAUAAGCAUGUUUGGAUUUCUGACCAUCUUUAUUGUAUGCGGAUCAGUACUGAGUGAUAGUCUAAAUGGAGGUGAUUCUGCCAACAAUGUAGUCACCCAAAAACUUAACUCAACAACAUACACACUUGUGAAUCAAGCGAAAAAUUGGACUACAGCACGCGACUCGUGCGCAAUGACCGGAGGGAAACUCGCGGUGCCCAAAUCAGAGGAGGAGUUUCUUUUUAUACAGAACAUUGUGCGUGGAAUGCAUUACCCUAGUAUUGUGGAUUCCGAUUUCAAAUUGAUGGUAUGGCUCGGGAUCAGCAACUUAGAAAACUACCUUAUUUGGAAAACAGUUGACGAUAUUAACUUAGAAAAAGUCGGAUUUCACUCUUGGGCGGGGAAAAACAGUGCAGCGAUCAGCGAUAAUCCGGCGGAACCUCACUGCGUUGGUAUGGAUGCAGCUAAUCACGGACUUCGUGAUUUCUGGUGCCACCUGCGGCUAGCAUAUAUUUGUGAAAGCAAAAGCAACAAUAUCCACUGACUCAUACACAUUUUCUGAUAAACCUAUCCACAAAGUAAAGUACAUUAGCAUCCUUAAGGUAAGGGUAGCAAUCAUAUCAAUAAAAUCUUUUAAAAAAGCAUAAAGUUCUUUGAUUUAUUGAAAAGCAUUUUUAUAUCCUCAGAAAUAAAUUUUUUUGUCAAAACAGUAACAUGAA